AUGGGACCAACGGAGGAGGCUUACGCAUUGCUUGAUUUUGAGACUUCACGCGUGAUAUCCGACAGACCAGAGUUCAAAGGAAAGAAAGAAGGGCUCGGAAAUACAGGACGAUUUGACGAUGAGCAGCCAUCUCCACUAAUAAAUCCCACGAUACGAGUCUCGGUCGUCGUUAAUAGCAUGUUACGUACGUCUGCAGUGGCGAAUGGUCGAGACUCUACCCCAGUAUUCAGCCAAGGUCAUCCAUCACCCAUCCGGUCCCGCAAAUGUGGAUCGCAGCCCUCACUACUAUUCUCAUCAACGUGA